AAAAGCGUAGGUAAGGUGGGAAUACACAUGUGUGUCUGCUAUAAAUAUUUAAAUCUCCAGUUCACUAGCUUAACGAUCAAACAUAUAAUGUAUUCAGUGUUCUGUGCCAAAAUCUAUCAGGAAGUUUAAAAAUAUGAGCAUAGCAAAUAUUGCAUGAGUUACAGUUUCUUAAAGAUGAAUAUCGGGCAUGGGCGUUAAGACUGUAAAAGAUCAAUACUUCGAGACUUCCCGGCUAACAACUCGGUACACGGACAGGAAAUAUGCAAGGAGCUUCCUUCUUUUGGGAAUGUCGGAUUUUGCUGACGAUAUCCGCUUGAUGAAAAGUGAACAACGCCAUUUUCUUCUAGAGUGUGUUAUUGUCAUUGACGACGAUAUUUAACUUUUAGAAUUACAUUUAUCAAAAAUAUUAACUUCUUUUCUUUUUGAAAGCUUUCCAUAUUUCUUACUAGUGAACUAAUCAAUUAGAAUUUUUAAAAGGAUAUUGACAUCUAUCGUAUUAAUUAAGGGAAGAUAAAAGUAAAAUACAUAAAAUGGCCACUCCUCAUGAAGUAUUGUAUUUGAAUGAACCUGACAAUGUCCAAGCUGUUGAUGGCUUUGGGACCAGGAUGAGAGAACACCAACAGACACAAAAUCAAUAUUUCCGUAAUACCCACCUCGCAACACCCACGGGUACUGAUAUUUCAGACAGUACCCCUUCUGAAGGUCACCACAAAGGGAAUAACAUUGCUAGGGAAUACGGUAUUACUGUCAGCAAGCCCAAGUACCAACAAUUUGCAGUCAGAGAUGUUCGUCUUAAAACUUUCAAGAAUUGGCCGAAUGACGUCAAACAGAGACCAGAAGACCUGGCUGACGCCGGCUUCUUCUAUUCAGGAAGUUCUGAUGUUGUAUUCUGUUUUUACUGUGGACAAGGCCUCAAGGACUGGGAGGAAGAAGACACGCCUUGGGGAGAGCAUGCACGGUGGUCAUCCGAGUGUCCGCACCUCUUGAAUAUAAAGGGGAGUGAUUUCGUUCGUCGAGAACUGCUUCGCGAUACUGAUCCUGUUCAGUAUAUUGCCGAUAAUUCACAAGCUGUGUAUGUUGCAGAGAAUCGACCAACCACUACUGAUUCUGAGAAUGAUACGUGGAAUAAUCCUGCUGUGGAAAGUUUACUGCAAAAUGGGUACAAUAAAGAUAUGGUGCGAAAAGCCAUCGUCUUGUUUCGUAGAGACAGAGGAGAAAGUUCACCUUUGGCUGCAGCGGAACUUUUGAGCAUUAUAUUUGACCUAGAGGAGGGAAACAUCAUAUACGAAGAUGCUGAAAAGAAAGAAGCUGAGCUCCAGAGGGAUUUGAUUAGAAAAGAGAAUGAAGAGCUACGGAAGUCGACCUACUGCCGAAGGUGUUCCACACGUUUCGUGUCUGUGGUGUUUCUGCCCUGUGGGCAUCUCUGUACAUGCAAUGAGUGUGCUCCGUCCAUCAAAAAUUGUUUGAUGUGUGGUGGAUUUAUCAAGGGGACUGUUCGCACAUACCUUGUGUAAGAGUUCCAAUAAACCCAGAAUUAAUUGAAUUCAAGAUUUUAAAAGAAUGAAAAGUGUUUUACAAUUUUAUUCUGAAGAGUAUGAUCAUACAAUAAUUGAUGCAUGUGACAUCAUGUAUUGAAAAUCAAUGAUUCGUUUCAUAUUUAUAUGUGUCUUUUGAGGAAAUAACAUCUUAUGUGAUUUACAACAAUGAUGCACAAGCAUUCCUCCAUAUGGACAAAAAUUAUAGCUUACCAAUUCUUUAAACUUUUUGUUUCAUAACAAUACACAUUGUAUGAAUCGGUAAACCAAUUUACUGUUCACUAAAGAAA